CACAAGAAACACGUAAACAACGUUCGGGAGUGGGGGCAGCAUGCAUCCUGCGGGUUAUCUACCUCUUUACACGGUGAAUUGAUAUUUCCAGUGACAGAAGAAUGGCUAAUAAACCAGUGAAACAACAAAUCAUGGAAAAUCUUCAGAUCACCCAGGCUGUGGCUUGGGAAAAUGCGUACGGCAAUGUGGGCGGCAACCUGUCGCCGCCGCCGCCGGCGCCGGCCGACUGCCAGGACGUGCCGCUGCAGGUGCAGCAGCCGUUCAGCGCGCCCACCUCGCCGACGGCGCCGGGCGCGCGGCCGCAGUGCCUGUCGCCGACGCCGGUGCCCUCCACCAGCGACCCCAACUGGCAGGCGACCAGGGCCGGCCUGCGCGAGCGCAACGCCGCCAUGUUCAACAACGAGCUGAUGGCGGACGUGCACUUCGUAGCCGGACCGCCCGGCGCCACCCAGCGGAUCCCGGCGCACAAGUACGUGCUGGCCACGGGCAGCUCCGUGUUCUACGCCAUGUUCUACGGCGGCCUGGCCGAGGACCAGGACGAGAUCGAGGUGCCGGACGUCGAGCCGGUGGCUUUCCUCGUCAUGCUGCGGUACCUGUACACGGACGAGUUCUUCCCGGAGGCGGACACAGUGCUGGCCACGCUGUACGCCGCCAAGAAGUACAUCGUGCCGUUCCUGGCGCGCGCCUGCGUCGGCUACCUGGAGACGAGUCUGACGGCGGGCAACGCGUGCCUGCUGCUCAGCCAGAGCCGGCUGUUCGAGGAGCCGGAGCUGAUGCAGCGCUGCUGGGAGAUCAUCGACGCCCAGGCCGAGGUGGCUCUCCGCUCGGAGGGCUUCACCGAGGUGGACCACAACACACUCAAGUCGGUGCUGGCGCGCGAGACGCUCAACUGCAAGGAGGUGGUGGUGUUCGAGGCGGCGCUGAGCUGGGCGCGCGAGGAGUGCCGCCGCCGUGGCGACGACCAGCCCACGCCCGAGAGCAUGCGACAGGCGCUGGGCGACGUGCUGUACCUCAUCCGCAUCCCGGCCAUGAGUCUGGAGGAGUACGCCGACACGGCCGCCCAGUCGGGCAUCCUCACGCUGCAGGAAACCACCGACAUCUUCCUGCACUACACGGCCAAGCAGAAGCCGGCCAUCGAGCUCUCCUCCGUGCCGCGCACCGGUCUCAAGGCGCAGGUCUGCCACCGGUUCCAGUCGUCGGCGUACCGCGGCAAUCAGUGGCGCUACCGCGGCCGCUGCGACAGCAUCCAGUUCUGCGUCGACAAGCGCAUCUUCAUCGUCGGCUUCGGCCUGUACGGCUCGUCGAACGGGGCGGCCGACUACCGCGUGCGCAUGGAGCUGAAGCGACUGGGCCGCGUGCUGGCCGACAACACGGCCCACUUCUUCUCCGACGGCAGCAGCAACACGUUCCACGUGCACUUCCGGCACCCGAUACAGGUGGAGCCGGACACCUACUACACGGCGUCGGCGGUGCUGGACGGCGCCGAGCUCUCCUACUUCGGCCAGGAGGGCAUGAGCGAGGUGGCCGUCGGCCCGGUCACCUUCCAGUUCCAGUGCUCGUCCGACUCGACCAACGGCACGGGCGUGCAGGGCGGUCAGAUCCCCGAACUGAUGUUCUACGGGCCGGCGCCGGCCGCCGACGAGUCGGUGCGGCUGUAGUGGGCCGCCGCCGCCGCCGCCGCCGGCUGGUCAGUGCCAUACUGCGGGCGGGGGCGCCGCGCCGGCCGCCCCGGGGCGCCCCGAUGUCAGGGACGGCCGCCAGUUUCAGGAUCUGAGGUGUGUUCGGCGGGGGAAGGGCGGACGCGCAUCGGCUGCCGCUGUUGGUGAGUUGUCGUGUCGUGUACGGCAGCGCUGUUGUAUUGAGCCCGGCAGCGUUCCUUCGUACUGACAUAUGCCUGUCAGGGCGAGUGUACAGUGUACGUGUUCGCACGUGUUCAGGUCGCGUCGACGACUGGGUGCACAGCAGACGCGCAUGUUCACGAUGUGGCGCACGCGCGGCGAGGCCCGCGCUGACGUGUCGUGGGCGCGCUCGCGGCGCCGCGGCGUCUCCGUUGUGAUGACCCCAUUGAUCUGACUGUAUAUGGCAGCGAUAGAGCUGCGGGUUAUAUUGCCGAUUUGUGGAUCGGUGUCACUUUUACGGCUCGGGCAAAUGGACGACUGUCUCCAUAAAUACAGCAAUCUUGCUACUA